CAUUGACGUUUGGACUUAUUCAAUGACGCAUAGCGAUUGAGGAAUCAUUUAUUUCCUUUGAUAACAUAUAACUUUCUCCUCCCUUAUAUAAAUAAGUGAAUAAAGUUCAACCGUUUUACCAAGAAAUUUGAUAUAAAAUUUCUCUGUGGUUUGAAGUUAAUGAUAUUCAUAUAAAUUUACGUACUCUACGGGAGUCCACCUGUUGUUUUCUCUCCAGAACCGGCUUUUAAGAUGUGGAAAGCAGCAACAGAUGUGACAGCUCCCGCACCAGCGGAGGCUGACGAUUGGGAGACAGACCCUGACUUUGUUAAUGAUGUCAGUGAACAUGAACAGAGAUGGGGACCUGGCGGGAGAAAUGUAGAAGCUAUUGAUAUGGCGAGGCUAAGAGAGGAAGUGCUUCAGGAAGACAAUCAGAUAAAGAAGAAACAGUAUGAACAAGGACCUAAACCAUCUUUUGGAUAUGGCGGAAAAUUCGGUGUUCAAGAAGACAGAAUGGACAAAUCAGCGGUUGGACACGACUAUGUCGGAAAGACUGAGAAACAUGUCUCACAGAAGGAUUAUGCUCAAGGUUUCGGUGGCAAGUUCGGUGUACAGUCAGACAGGAUGGACAAGUGCGCGGUGGGCCACGACUACGUGGGCAAAGUGGAGAAGCACGUCUCGCAGACUGACUACGCGCAGGGCUUCGGCGGCAAGUAUGGCCUGCAGACUGACAGAGUCGACAAGAGUGCGGCAGGGUGGGAGCACAAGGAGGAGGUGGCGAAGCACCCCUCCCAGAAGGACUACGCGGUGGGGUUCGGCGGCAAAUUCGGCGUGCAGAGCGACCGCAAGGACGCCGCCGCGCUCGGCUGGGACCACCACGAGGCCCCGCAGCAGCACCGCUCGCAGACAGACCACGCGAUAGGUUUCGGCGGCAAGUUCGGCGUGCAGCGCGACCGGCAGGACGCCUGCGCGCUCGGCUGGGAGCACGUGCAGCGCGCGCCCGCGCACGCCAGCCAGACCGACCACAAGAGGGGUUUCGGCGGCAAGUUCGGUGUGGAGACGGACAGAGUGGACAAAUGUGCACAUAGAUUUGAGGACAUGGGCGCUGCGGACGUGCAGGGCUCCGGCUACAGCAGACAGAAGCCCGACAUUGGCGGCGCUAAGCCUUCCUCUAUACGUGCCAAGUUUGAAAACAUGGCCAAAGAGAAGGAACAGGAAGCUCUGCAGUCCGUGCAGAAGAUACGACAAGAGAGACAGAUGAUGGACAAAGAGUUAACACAGAAGGAAAAAGACAAAGUAAUCGUAGAUAAAGACGAGGAACCGCAGACACCGAUACAAAAAGAAGAACCGAAAAUUAUAGUUCCCAAACAAAUACAGCGUGAACCAGAAGCAGUGAAGCAAGCAGAAGAGAAGGUAGAAAUUGAGACGGAAGUGAAACAGAGCCAAGAAGAAGUAAAACUAACGAACUUACCUGAUGUUACAUUAGUAGGAGAACCUAAAGAACCCAAAGAACAUAAAGAAAAAGAAGAGAGCCGGCAGCCCACGAUCGUGGUGUCGCCGGUGGGGUGGGAGGGCGGCGAGGGCGGCGAGGCGGAGGGCGAGGGCGGCGAGGAGGAGGACGGCUACACGGCGCGCGCGCUCUACGACUACCAGGCCGGCGCGCCCGACGAGAUCUCCUUCGACCCCGACGACCUCAUCACCAACAUCGUCAUGAUCGACGAGGGCUGGUGGCAGGGUCUGUGUAAAGGCGCGUACGGCCUCUUCCCCGCCAACUACGUGCAACUGCAGGACAAAUAACUCACACAUUCCAAAUGACAAUGAACUUUGAACCUUACGUCGUAUAGAAUAAGGCUUCCUUUAGAAUACAGAAUGGAACAUUCUCGAUCGAUUUUAUUUUUUUAUAUCAAAACUGUUCGAAAUUUGAAAAAAUGUGUCUCUGUUCUAUUCAUAGAAAAAGAAAGAGACGGCAAUUGUAUCAGAACUACAUAAAGACUAGUUUAUUAGUAUUUUAUGAUUAGAAAAUAUGUGACAAAAUAGAUUGUAAAUAUGAAGAUUUUUAAUAAAUGUUGAAUUUUACAGCUUUACAAAUAAAAUCGGUAUAUAGUUUAACUUGGAAUAAACAAAUGUACAAAUUUUCUUCUACUCAGUUUAUUCCUAGGUAUAAUUUUAUACCGCGUUUAUUUUUAAGGCUGUUUGUGUUAAAGUACUUAUAUCGUGUAACCUCAAUCCAGGAAUUAUACAGUCUAUGCCUAAUCUAGAAUAAUUAAGUAAAAGUAUAGACAGUAAGAAAAAAACACUUUGGGGAAUUUAUUGAGGAAUUUAUCGUCACCUCAAUCACAAUUUAAUAGUCUUUAAGCGUCCCUUAGUACAGAUUUUCUUACUAAAGGUGAAUCUACACUAAGGGAGCUUAAUAAUCAAUUAAUGACUCGGGGUCUAACAUAUAGGGGCUAUGACUUAAGAAUAAAAGAAAAUUACCCCAAUUUAGGACAGCCAAAAACUUGUUAUAACUCCCAGAGUCAAAUAUUCUAUAUAUACUGAUAUAUUUUAAACACAUAAUUUAGAAUUAAUUUAAGAAUGUUUCCAUUUAUUAUAGUAAGCGAGUAAUAAAUAUUUGACAAUAUAUUUUAUAUCUUUGCACAAUAGAUUUGAAAUGACAUGACUUCUAUAGAGCGCGCACACUUGAUUAAACUAUCGCACGACUGUUGUCUCGCUUCGAUUCCUAUUAGCUAUGGAGGUGUACAACUGGAUUUUUAAUUGUGCAACUAACCAGUUGAAGGCAAAAACAAUCGCAUAAUCGCAUAACAGUUGUGCGAUAGUUUAGUCAAAGGUGUGCGUGUUCUAAGGAAUUUGAUAUAGUGCGGCUUAUUUGACCCGGCAGGUAGUUUCAAAAGUGUCACCAAUUUGACAGACUGAAGUAUAGCUUAUUUGUAUCGUAAAUAAAAUGGAUCUUUAUGUCAUAGGAAUAGGGUUGAAUUUCAUUUGCACGUCUUUAAUUAGAGCGUAAAAUACACGUGUAAAGUAAAAUUAAACCUUAUUCCUAUAGAAUAAAGCUCAAUUUUAUUUGCGAUAAUCUUUGUUUGUGUCAACGAAUUCUUACAUAUUCUACAUUUUCUUACUGAACUAACUUCGAUAGUAGUGCCAGGUCAUAUAAGUUUGUAGCACUGUUUUUUAUACAUAGUUUUGUUUUAGUGAAUCGUAAGCCACAUCGAAACGAAGGCUUUAUAGUUAGCUUUUAGAUGUGAGUUUCAAUUUUCGAAACACAAGCGUAAAAAUAGUAUAGACAGUAUCAAAUAUCUCGACGGCUCUGUGUACUUGUCGAAGUAAAUUCAAAUGAGAAAUUAUACUAACCAAUUUCAGAUGAAAAUGCCAUUAGUCUUUGGAUUAGUUUUCAGAUUAUGAAGGUAUUUUUUUUGUUAGUGGAUAUUUGUUAAUUCACUUAUAUUUUUUGUACCACUCCAACUAAGCUCCGAGCCGACGACAUAUUUGUUAACGUCUAUACUAAAGAUAAUUUUUAAUGUGUUUGGGCAAUGGAAAUCCACGCUUAGUGUAACAUAGAAUU